AUGGAGCCCACACCGGCGAAGGCGAAGGCUCAGGGCCGGGUCCUGGUGUCGACCCAGCUGGACGCCAAAGACGAGCUGGAGGAGGUAGGGGAACCCGGGGUACCGGUUCAGAGAGCCUGUUUGACCCGGAUCAGGAGGCUGGUCCUGAGACGGGUACAAAGACCAGAACCCUGUUAGCAUGUUAGCAGAGCCCAGCAGGCCGGGCCCUCCGCAAAGACCAGGACCCAGGGAUGGGGGGUCACGGUGUGUGUGUGUGUGUGUGUGGGGGGGGGGGGGUUCUGGUCCGGACGGGUUCAUGGUGGUGGUUUGGUUUAUGGGGGGGGGACCACCAAAACACUGCUAACUGUUGGCUUAGUAUGCUAACUUUACAUAAACUGGGAGGCACUGAAGAAGUGACGGCUGCGCAUGCGCGUCCUCACAACACCGCGACACAUAAACAAAACAGAGAGAAACACACGUAAAAACACAGAUAAACACAACAGAGAACAACCCACUAACACACAACAGAGACAAACACACAACAGAGAGAAAGACACACAACAGGGAGAAACACUUAUAGACACAACAGACAAAUACACACAUUAACACACGACAGAGACAAACACACAUAAACACAGCAGAGAGUAACACACAUUAACACACAACAGAGAAAAACUGUUAAAACACGCAAAAGAGGAAAACACACAACAGAGAAAAAUACACAAACACAACAAACACAACAGAGAGAAAUUGUAAAAACACAACAAAUAAAAACACACAACAGAGAAAAACAUACAACAGAAAAAAAACACACAAAAUAGAGAAACACACAAACACAACAGAGAGAAACACACAACAGAGAAAAACACACAAACACAACAGAGAAAAACACACAAACACAACAGAGAGAAACACACAAACACAGAACAGAUAAAAACACACAACAGAGAAAUAACACACAUAAACACAACAGGGAUGUAAGCACAAGACUGACACUAACUGUUGUGUGUGUGUGUGUGUGUGGGUUUGUGCAUGUGUUUGUUUGUGGGUCUUUGUGUGUGUGUGUAUGUGUUUCAUUGUGGGUCUGUGUCUGUGUGUUUGUUUGUGUGUUUUUUUGUGUUUCUAUGUGCAGAAGCUGGAGCGUUGUGUUGGGAUCGUCCAGGCCUUGACCAAUGGGCUGUCAGAGAGAGAGGCCAACGAUGCGCUUACUGCCAAUGUAAGACCCUUACACACACACACACACACACACACUUAACUGAUCAUCGACACGAACUAAACCUGCAAACAAACCCGGACCCCUCAGAACCGAGACACAUGUUGAUAAAAACUGAUUCUGGUUUCUGAAUCCUGAGGUGACGAGGGUCUCUGCUGCUCCACAGUUCUUUCUUUUCCUUCCUUCCUUCCUUCCUUUCCUUCUUCCAGCCAACGUAAUUUCUCAAUUUGACAAUUUCAUGUCACAUCGCAACAUUUCUCAUUCAUUGGUUGGAAGGGAGCAGGGAGAAGAAACCUCUAAUAUUACCUAACCCCUCACUCAAAGUCCAAUUGUUCUAAUAAUCCAUCACUGAGCAACAUUCAGACAACAAAACAGAACAAUUACUACAAAACAAACGCACACAGAGUUUCAUAUUGACAUAUCAGUCACUGAGCUAUCCUGUAGUCAUACCAUGAAGUUAACAAAACAAGCAUAAUAAUAAAUAUAAAUUAAAGACAGCAUUUCAGGCUGACUUUUCUACAAGAAUCAUCGGUUACUUUUGUCAUCAUUUCUAAUUUUCCUUUAACAUUUUCUUGGCUUGUUAAAGAUUUGUACAGUUCUUCAGUUCAUUACUUUGACCUUUCCAUAGUUUAAUUCCCACUACAGAGAUACACAUCUGCUUCAGAGUUGUCCGUACAAACAGAUGUUUAAAAUGAAACUUCCUCCUUUUGUUCUCCGUCAUCUGAUCUGAUAUCAAACUGUUGUUUACUUUCUGCUAAUAUUCUAUUUUUUGCUUUAACGCCCUGAAGAUCAGGACCAUCCAGUCCUGGUUCUGGUCCUGGACCCCCUUUAGUACAGAGAUUUCUUUGAAUGAUCUGAUCCUCUGUUGACGAUGAAACUGUCGAACUGUUCGAACUCACAGAGUCGUGAACCUCUCUGAAGGUCCAUCUUAGACCCAGUCAUAUGACUAACCUGUUUGACAUUCACCUCCAUAUGAGUUGGAGAUGUUUGUUUUGGACCUGUUUGGUUGUUCCUCUAGAACAGGGGUCGGCAACCCGCGGCUCUGGAGCCGCAUGCGGCUCUUUUUUCCCUAAGCUGCGGCUCCCAGUGGAUUUGGAAAAUAAAUAAUAAAUACUUAAUUGCAUUUUAUUUUAUUUUAUUAUUAUUAUUAUUUUUUUUUUGUAAUUCUAAAUUCAAAGAUUAUAAUGCUCUUGUAACAUUAAAUAAACUAUUAAGGCUGCAACAACGAAUCGAUUAAGUCGAUUCGUCGUGACGAAAAAAUCCGUUGCCAACAAAUUCUGUAAUCGAUUCGUCGGGUCUUUAUUUAUGUCCAUGGACACCGGCGUGUAAACAUCAGCAGGACGCACAGAAAAGAAACAGCCAUGGCCGAGGCAGCGGCUGAGAAAAACAUGGACACAACCCAACCCAAAUCCCGACCUAAAACAUCAGUGAUGUGGGAAAACUUCACCAAGACUGAAAAGGAAGGCGUUCAGUGCAACAUUUGCAAAGACCGUUUUGCAUGGCUCGGGAGUACAUCGAUGAUGCGUGAGCACAGGGCUCUCAAGUCUCACGCAUUCAGCGUAUGACACAUGCAUUCCCACUCGUUCACACGCUCACACACCACACAUUGUAUUUCUCACGCAUUUAAAUGAACACGGUGAUGUCCACCAAGUUGCACUUCUUCAACUUUGGAACUGGGGGAAAUCAACUGAGUUCCUCCGAGAGUUCAGAAGCUGCGUGCCACGCACAAGCCAAUCAAAUAAAGUAUAUCUACUGAACAGCCAAUCAAAAAGCAGCAUUGCUGUAUCCGGGUAGAUUUUGAUAUCUUGCGGUUUAACUACAGAAGAAGGCAGACACUCGCCAAAAUAGUUCAUUUAUUUCAUAAAUGCAACUCGCUACAGUUUUUUAUAUACUUUGUAUAAAGGUUAAAAAAAAAGAUAUAUGCAGUGUUAUCUUCAUUUUAGAUGUCAAAGAGGUUUUGUGGCUCCCUGUGUUUUCUUUUCUGUGGGAAACUGGUCCAAGUGGCUCUUUGAGUGUUUAAGGUUGCCGACCCCUGCUCUAGAAGAACCGUUUACAAACUUUGAAAUGAGCAGAUGUUUAUUUUUCAGGAACAUUUGAUCUGUCAUCUCUCUCUGAAUCUAGACUUUGAACGAUUCACAUUUUCCAUUUGAUGUUUUUAUUCACGUUUUUUUUUUUUUUACAGCUUGGUAGAUUUUAUACACAAGCACCGGUAUUUAUUCAGAUACACCUGUAUGUCAGUGUCAGGUGUUUAACUUCCUGUUUACCCGUGUACAGGUGUGCAAAGGUCAGCAGCAGCAUGAGGAAGUGUGUCUGGGUCUGUUCACGCUGGUCCUCACAGAACCGACCCAGGCCCAGAGGGUGAGACUCAAACACAUCCGGACUUACAGGUCACAUCACUGUAGAGUCAUUGGGACAUCACCCAUGUGUGUGUGUGUGUGUGUGUGUGUGUGUGUGUGUGUUUGUGUGUGUUAGUGUUACAGAGACCUGACCCUGCUGAACAGAGACGGGAUGAACGUAGUCCUGGUCAAGAUCAACCAGAUCCUCAUGGAGAAGUUCUUAAAGCUGCAGGAUGUCCCCAGAACACAGGUAAACACACACACACACACACACACACACAGUUUCUCUCCCUCCCUUAAACCAGUGAGGAGUGUUUUAAAGAAACUUCACUGAACUUGCAGCUGGUGUGGCUGGUCAGAGAACUGGUGAAGAGUGGAGUGAUAGGAGCAGAUGGCGUCGUCAUGACGCUGCUUAAACAGAUUGCAGGUAAGACCGACACACGUGUGUAUAUAUUUCUAAACUAAAAAAGCAAUAACACUGAUCAGGGUGUGCGCAUGUGUAUGUGCCUGCCUGCGUGCGUGCGUGCGUGCGUGUAGGUGGAGACAUCUCCUCUAAGAACCUGUGGUUGGCUGAAAGUGUGCUCGACAUUUUAUUGGACCAGAAGUAAGUAGCGGCUUUUAUUUUGAAGCUUUUGAUGAAGUAGCAUUAGGGCUUUUAUUUUGAAGCUUUUGAUGAAGUAGCAUUGGGGCUUUUAUUUUGAAGCUUUAGAUGAAGUGUAUGGAAUAGCAAUAGGGCUUUUACUUUGAAGAUUAAUAUUGACUAUGUGAAGUAGCUCUAGGGCUUUUAUUUUGAAGCCUCAAACAGCCUGUUUCCUGUGUAGGGAGUGGGUCCUGAAGAGCGGGAUGCUGAUAGCGAUGUCUGUCUACACCUACCUGCGCCUCAUUGUGGACCACGGAGCUCCAAACCUGCUGGUUCUGCGCCAGAAGGAGGUGGACUUCUGCAUCAGCAUGCUGAGGGAAAAGGUAAGGUGUCGAGGAAAGAAUGGAAGGGAGGGAGGUAGUGGACUUGUUGUACAGCUCCCCCUGCAGGUGUCAGCGGUAUUGCAGCUCUUUCUCUCCUCAGUUCAUGGAGUGUCUGAUCAUCGGCAGAGAUCUGGUCCGUCUGCUCCAGAAUGUGGCCCGGAUCCCAGAGAUGGAGCUGCUGUGGAGAGACCUGCUGCACAACCCUCAGGUGCUCAGCCCGCAGUUUACAGGUAACACCACACUACCCACAAUCCUCAGCUCAUUAACGGCACUACACUACCCACAAUCCUCAGCCCAUUUAUAUCAUUACACUACCCCAAAACCCUCAGCACAUUAACAACAUUACAUUACCCACAAUCCUCAGCACAUUUAUAACAUGACACUGCCCCAAACUCUCAGCACAUUAACAACACUAAAUUACCCACAAUCCUCAGCUCAUUUAUAACAUGACACUGCCCCAAACUCUCAGCACAUUAACAACACUAAAUUACCCACAAUCCUCAGCUCAUUCACGGUACUACACUACCCACAACCCUCAGGUCAUUUAUAACACUACACUACCCACAAUCCUCAGCUCAUUUAUAACACUACACUACCCAUAAUCCUUUGCUCAUUAAGGACACUACACUACCCACAAUCCUCAGCUCAUUUAUAACACUACACUACCCACAAUCCUCAGCACAUUUAUAUCAUGACACUGCCACAAACCAUAGACUGUAUAAAGAAUGGACAGAGUCUGCCUCCUCGCUGGGUGAAGCCAUUUUGAGAACAGCACCCUCUGUUGAUGGGCUGCAGUAUAGGUCAUAAAUCCCGCCUCCGCUAGCAAAGCUUAUGGGGCUGUGGACAAACUUUAAAAAUUUAUUACACAGAAUAUAAAUUUUUCUCCCCCCUAGUUGUGAUGUUGACAUGUAGUUAUUGUCAGACUGGUUUGUGCUCAAGUCCUCUUUUUUCUGUGCAGCUCCAUUUUUAAAAGUUUUUAGGGGGUUCAUGUUUUCUAUGAUUGACACCUGAUACCGCCUAUGGGCAUUCAGGGAUUGCGUAGCUCUCCCGGGGGAUAUGCUGUUUGAGCCGAGCGUCAUCACAGCGACUCUCGGCGACUGCGCGGCCGAAUGCGCGCAUCACUACUGUGCAGAGCUGGUUUCAGGAAAUGAAGAAAAAUCCCGGAAAUACUGAGAGCUUUUUGGCUUCAAAUCCGUUUACAGGCGGUAGGCGGUACCAAGUUGUCCAUAGUAUAUACAGUCUAUGCCACAAACCCUCAGCACAUCAAUGACACUACACUACCCAGAAUCCUCAGGUCCCUGUAUCCCUUCCUCGUCAGGUGUCCUCCAGCUGCUGACCGCUCGGACCUCCAGGAAGUUCUUGGCGUGUCGUCUGACCCCGGACAUGGAGACCAAGCUGCUGUUCAUGACCUCCAGGGUAGCGUCCUGACCCUGUUCUGCUCUCUAUGAGCCUGAGUGUGUGUGACCUCUGACCUCUGACCCUGUGUGUUACCUGCUCAGGUGCGUUUCGGACAGCAGAAGCGGUACCAGGACUGGUUCCAGAGACAAUACUUGUCCACAGCAGAGAGCCAAUCACUGCGCUGCGAUCUGAUCCGGUACAUCUGUGGGGUGGUCCAUCCAUCCAAUGAGGUGCUGAGCUCUGACAUCCUGCCGCGCUGGGCCAUCAUUGGCUGGUUGCUCACCACCUGUACGGUAAGUGGGUGGGGCCUAAAGCUGUUCUGGUCAGAGAGUCAUCGUCUUUUAAAGGGGACCUGCCUUCAAAAUUUCAAACCCAUUUUUAUCAUUUUUUCAUAAUCCUUGAUGUCCUCUGAUCAUGUCUGCAACAUAAUUUUAGCUGAAAAGUUAUUUGAUGGUUUGUUUAUAGUAUGCCUAAAAAACCUUACAGGAAAACUAACUGGUUUUGGCUCAUUAACAUUUAUGGUAAUGAGCUUUGCUCUGAUUGGAUCGCUGCUGUGAAGCCUGCUGUGCUCUGAUUGGCUCAGUGGAGGUUCGGAUUUCGGUUUAUCCAUUUUGCUAAUGUGUGCUAAAGUAAGGUGCCCAGUUGUCUGUAAUGAUAUCCGGGGAUAUUCGGUGCGGCGGCGGUGCAGGGGCUGCAGGGGCUGUGUGAUCACAGACAAAAUCUCUGUACUAUUUAGUAGCAGCGCAUGCCCCUUGUAAUAACCCCCGUAAGAACUGUUGUUCAGGACUGCUUACUUGUGCUUCCUACCUAUUCGGCUACUGUAAUAACCGUUGUUCGAGCCCACACGCAACAUUUUUGCUCUCAUUCAUGAAACGCUUAAAUCAGGGACAUUUUCGGGGACAGCUUUUGCCGGUGACAGGUCGUCCAAUACGGGGACUGUCCCCGGAAAUCGGGGACGUCUGGUCACCUUAUUCUAAAGGCUAAAAACGGCAGGUAUUAAACCAUAUAUUUUAGACCCCGAGUCCGAAGAGGAGGUGGAAGUUGAAGAAGAAGCCAGAGAUCUCCAGCGGUGUUUUCAUUCAUUCUGCCCGGCUUUAAGUUCAUUUUCCCGGCAGUGAACCCAAGGAAACACCGGUCGUUUGGAAGAGACCCAUAGCGGAUACAGUGGUAGCUGGGUCUCACUCUGGCUCGAGAGUGAUGUUGACUGUGAAUGAGUACGAGAAUGAGAGAGCGGGCGCGGCUCACCGAGGACGCGCUCCUGAAUAAUAAUGAGCAAGGUCAGCGUGACGUCAGAGGGACCUGCUUUUUCAAUUGGCCUGGUUUACCAGUUACUUUAUUUUAAACCUUUACAGAAUGCAAACGACAUAACAGUUUGUUUUCACAUUUACAACAUAAGAUGAACAAAAUAUGGACCUUAACUGACACAAAAACACACAAAAUUACAUUUUUGAUGGCAGGUCCCCUUUAAAGUCAUGAACCAAUCAGCUGUUUGUGUCUGCAGUCAAAUGUCGCCGCCUCCAACGCAAAGCUCGCUCUCUUCUACGAUUGGCUGUUCUUCAACCCUGAGAAAGACAGCAUCAUGAACAUAGGUACACACACACACACACACACACACACACACACACACACACCAGAGGCAUCAGUGAUGGUAAGGAGCCGUUACACCCUCCACAGUGACUGACAGGUUUAACUUGCUCUGUUUCAGAGCCCGCCAUCCUGGUAAUGCACCACUCCAUGAAGCCACACCCCGCCAUCACCGCCACGCUGCUGGACUUCAUGUGCAGGGUAACACACACGCACACUGUCAGAGUGUGUAGAAACAGCAGAUGUGUAUAAAUAAAGUUAUAGUAGCAGCAGCAGCAGCUGAGGCUCAUGAAAAAUGUAGUGCUGAGGGGAAAAUAAACCGUUGUCUUUCCUCUUCCUCUCCUACAUCCUUUCCUCGCCUCCUUCACCUCCUUCACCUGUCCUCCUCAGAUAAUCCCUUACUUCUUUCCUCCACUGGAGUCUCAGGUGCGUCAGGGUGUCUUCAACUCGCUCACCUUUAUCAUGGAGAAGAGAGUGCUGGCGUAAGAAACACACACACACACACACACACAUAUGCACACACACAAAACCAAUCAGACGCCACAGGCUGAUUAUUGAUUGAUCAAUGACCCCCCCCCCCCCCACAGUCACCUUGCUCCACUGUUCGAUAACCCAAAGUUAGACCGUGAGCUUCGAUCGAUGCUCAGAGAGAGAUUCCCUGAGUUCUGCAGCUCGCCAUCACCCCCUACUGAAGGUAACACACACACACAUACACACAUGAACGCACACACAGACACCAUGAAAUUUUCACCAUAUGAGCAAAAGGAACAAAGUUAAAAACUUUGACUUAAAUACUGUGUGUGUGUGUGUGUGUGUGUGUGUGUCCUUUAGUCAAAAUGGAGGAGACGGUUUCCAUGGAGAUGGAAAACCACAUGUUGGAUAAGGAGGAUGUUGGCUAUGACACCACAGAGGCAGCCUUCAGCGAUGAUGAGGAGGAGGUCAACAAUAAAGGUGACCCGGUUACACUGGAUUGAACUAGUUAAACUGGUUUAAACUAGAUUAAACUGGGUUAAACUGGAUUUAACUGGAUUUAACUGGGUAACUCAGUUAAACUGGAUGAAACUGAAAUACACUGGUAAAACUGGAUUAAACUAGAUUGAACUGGAUUUAACUGGUUGACUCAGUUAAACUGGGUAAAACUGGAUUAAACUGAAAUAAACUGGUUACAUCUGAUUAAACUGAAAUGAACUGGUAAAACUGUAUUAAACUAGAUUAAACUGGGUUAAACUGGAUUUAACUGGAUUUAACUGGAUUUAACUGGGUGACUCAGGUAAACUGGGUAAAACUGGAUUAAACUGAAAUAAACUGGUUACAUCGGAUUAAACUGAAAUAAACUGAUUAAACUUUGGUUAAACUGGAUUAAACAGGUUAAAAUGGAGUGAACAGGUUCAACUAGAUUGAAGUGGAUUAAACUGAGUUAAACUCAGUAAAAUGGGUAAAACUGGAUUAAACUAGUUACACCUGAUUAAACUUGAUUAACUGGUUUAACUGUAUUAUACUAGAUUAAACUGGAUUAACCUGGGUAAACCAGAUUAAACUGGGUUAAACUAGAUUCAACUGGAUUAAACUGGUUUAACUGGAUUAAACUGGUUAAUUUGGACUAAACUGGUCAGUGGGGGUCUAUAGGAAUAAACCUGUUAAACCAGAUUACCAUUAAUCCAACCCUGAAGUUCCAGAUGAUAAAAGAGCAAAACUCUCUCUAAUAAGGCUGCACGAUAUUGGAAAAAACUAACACUGCGAUUUUUUUCAACCCUGCGAUAUAUAUUACGAUAUUAAAAAUACAGGAAUUUUCACCAGGUGACCUGAACAGCACUUAAUGUUAUGCUGCACUGCUGAAAUCUUGAGGACAGUUAACGUGGACUGCUCUUACCUCCUUUUUGUGAAUGUUUGUAGAACGGCUUCUGUCUGUCUCAGAGAUAUUUUUAGCUUUUAUUGUGCUGGGACGUUAUUGUGGCGACAGAUGAACACAGAAGACGUGUUUUGGUCGACAUCAUCCAUCUUGUAGCCAAAAUAAUUCCAGAUAACUGACUUUCAUUUUCUUUUAGGCAACAAGUCUUCAUCUUCUGUGUUUUUCUCUGUUUGUUGCUCAGUUUGGGAUCGUUGUUGUUGUUAGCGGUGUUGUGCUGAGAAACGCAUGUCCUCCGAGAAUUGCAUGCACCUCACAAAACGUGCACUGCUUAUAGUAGAGUGGUCCACGGAAAUGUACAAUUUAAAACCCAUACAGUUCUUAUUUGUUGGGCUAAACAGUGAUGAAGAAUGUUCCGAAAGUAAUUCUCAGCGGACAUGCGUUUCUCGGCUCAACUCCGGUAGUGUUAGCGACUCCCUCCAUGUGCAGGACAUGUGCAGGGGUGGGUUUCAUCCUCUCUGAUUUUGAUUGACAGCUGGCAGGGUGGUCUGAUUGGCAACUGAGUAAAGAAUGACGGUGAUUGGUGGAUCACUGCAAAGCACAUGUAGAGUCACAUGGAGUGUAUCUCAGACAGUUACCCUUGAAAUUUACUGAGUUCAUUCACCUCCAAUAUCGCAGGCUCUGCGAUGUGACUGUCGCACACACGUACAUCGCGAUGACGAUGCUCAAACGAUAUAUCGUGCAGGCCUACUCUCUAAUCUGAUGAAUCCUGUUAACCAUGUUUAUAUUGUCAUUAAGAUAACAGUUUAAACUGGUUAAUUCCCAUUAAAACUAGCUUGGGGGGGGUCAAACUGGUUCCAGCUCAUUUAAACCCUGAUAAAACCAGUUUAAACUAGUCUCUAACAUUAUUUCAUAAACAUUAAACUGGUUUAAUCCCAGUCAAACCUCAGUGUCAUUAUGGACAGUCACCGGUGGUCACAUGGUCCAAUGACAUUAUGCCCUGACCACCAAUCACUGUGCAGGUAAGAAGAGGGAGUUCAGGUUCCAUCCAAUCAAAGAGGCCGUCAUCGAGGAGCCUGCUGACAUCACGCCCUGGCUCGACCAAUUAGACGACACCAUGAAGGAGAAGGUCCAGCUGCUGCAGAAGACCAGGUGAGACCAUCACAGUCCUCCUUCAGGUCCUCGGACCAGCCAUGAUCGAACUGAUGAUGAUGAUGAUGAUGAUAAUGACGGUGAUGAUGAUGAUGAAGGCUGUCUGUCUCCAUAGUGACACAGAGACUCAGUGUGAGGUCAUGCAGGAGAUCGUGGACCUGAUCCUGGAGGUCAGUUCAAAUCCUGGACUCUGCUGUCUCUGUUAGACUUGGAUCAUGAGGUGGACUCUCACCAAGUGUGUGUGUGUGCGUGUGUGUGUGUGUGUGUGUGUUUUAGGAGGACUUUGACACGGAGCAGAUGUCGUCUCUGGCCUCCUGUCUGGCUGAGCUCUUUAAGGAUCAUUUUAGAGGAGAAGUUCUGCCGGAGGAGAUCACAGAGGAGUGAGUCUGAGUUUCUCCUCACUGAACCUCCUCUCUCUUAGGAGUCUGACUCGUUGGUUUCUCUGUUCAUCAUCGUACAUGAAUAAUAGUGCUGUGUCAUUCAUGAACGAUUCAUUCAAAAGAACUGCUGAGUGAACGACGUGAACUGAAUCACUCUGAGACCUGAUUUGUUCCUUUCUCAGUUCAGUUGAACUCAGCCUGGCAUGUCGGUCGGGAGUGGAACUGCCGCCUUUGACUAUUUGGCGAAUGCACAGCCAGCCAGAAAGCGAGCAGGUGGGCGGAGUCUCAUGAUUUGCCCUCAGCAAAUGAAUGUACGACAUAUAUCAGACAGACUGUGAACGAAACAAUGACUUCUGAACAACUUUAUUCAGACAGAGGAGGGAGGGGUGUAUCGUCGUUCACUUCCUGCCGAGCAGCGGUUCGUUGACCGAGGCUAAGAUAAAACAGGUCAUUAUAGCGCCUUUACAUUAAUACACGUGUAUAAACUCUCCUGUAAGAAGGAAUUAAUUACAUACGAUUUAAAGUAAUACACUAUUUGAUAUCUUUAAAAGUAUCAGAAUCCCCGCUACAGCUGCCAUCUUUAUUUAUUUUAAAUCUCUCCGCUUUUCCGCCACUUUUCCAUAUAAAAGAACGACAACUUGCGUUUGUUUAGCGGCGUGCUGCUCGCUGCUGUGUGGUUUCCGCUGACAGAUGGCGUCACACAGAGAGGUGAGUUUUUCAGGGCAGGGCAGGGGAGUGAUUCUUUCUUCAGGACUUGGCAAAUGAUUGACAUGUGUCACCCAGUGAACGACGCUGUGACUUCAGCAGCAGGGGAGGGGAGGGGCUCAGUCAAUGAACAAACUCGCUGCUGUGUCACUCACUGGUGUACUGCACCGGCAGGACGGGGCUCCGAAGCACAGACUGAUUCAGUGAACGAAUCUUUUGAACGAAUCGUUUUAAUGAACAGAUUCAGUCUAAAGAACGCUUUAGACGUCUUCUGCGGAUAUAAACAAUUUCUGAUGACUUUGCAAAGUCAACUGCAGAAUUAAAGGCGUUCUGAAUGAACGGCGCUUUGUAAUGUCCCGCAGCAUGUGUUAGACGUCACCAUCUACACAUGGACCAAUCAGGGGCUGCCUUUCCCUGUUGUCCGGGGGACAGUGGAAACACAGUCACUGAUUGGCCCAGUUAUUUUCUGAUCGCUGUGUGUCUCACCUGUCUCUUGUCCUGUCUUACCUGUCCUCCUCUGUCCCUCAGGUCUCUGAAGGACUCCGUCUGUCUUACCUGUCUCUUCUUCUGUCUAACCUGUCCUCCUCUGUCUCUCAGGUCUCUGGAGGACUCGAUCUAUCUUACCUGUCUCUUCUCCUGUCUCACAUGUCCUCCUCUGUCUCACCCGUCUUCCUUUGUCUUUCAGGUCUCUAAAGGACUCAGAUUGUUUCACCUGUCUCUUCUCCUCUCUCACCUGUCCUCCUCUAUCUCACCUGUCCUCCUCUGUCUCUCAGGUCUCUGGAGGACGCUGUCUGACCUGUCUCAUCUGUCCUCCUAUGUCUGACCUGUCCUCCUCUAUCUCACCUGUCCUCCUCUGUCUCUCAGGUCUCUGGAGGACUCCAUCUGUCUUACCUUUCUCUUCUCCUGUCUCACCUGUCCUCCUCUGUCUCACCUGUCCUCCUUUGUCUCUCAGGUCUCUGGAGGACUCAGCUUGUCUCACCUGUCUCCUUUUUCUUACCUGUCUCUUCUCCUGUCUCACAUGUCCUCCUCUGUCUCACCCGUCUUCCUUUGUCUUUCAGGUCUCUAAAGGACUCAGAUUGUUUCACCUGUCUCUUCUCCUCUCUCACCUGUCCUCCUCUGUCUCACCUUUCCUCUAUUGUAUCUCAGGUCUCUGGAGGACGCUGUCUGACCUGUCUCAUCUCUCCUCCUCUGUCUGACCUUUCCUCCUCUAUCUCACCUGUCCUCCUCUGUCUCUCAGGUCUCUGGAGGACUCAGUCUUACCUGUCCUCCUCUGUCUCACCUGUCCUCCUCCUUUGUCUCUCAGGUCUCUGGAGGACUCAGCUUGUCUCACCUGUCUCCUUUUUCUUACCUGUCUCUUCUCCUGUCUCACCUGUCCUACUUUGUCUCCUAGUUCUCUAAAGGACUCAAACUGUCUUACUAUUCGCCUCUCCUGUCUCCCUUGUCCUCCCCUGUCUCACCUGUCUCUUCUCCUGUCUCAACUGUCCUCCUCUGUCUCUCAGGUCUCUAGUCUUGGUCUGUCUUACCUUGUGCUGGGCGAUAGGCUGUAUUUUAUCCAUAGGGCUUGUGCCAUCAGAUGAUUCAUAUUAACAACAACAAUAAUUGCACAUUCAGUAAGUGUAUUUGGUGUCAAACGGGAAAGAAAACAAUAUUUUCUUACAAAGAAAAGGAUGCGUUGACAUGUAGGCUCGCAUUUCUCUUUCGAUUUUGCGACAUGACGCCGCUUUACGUGCCCUCUUUAUGUCCAGCGCCUCACGCCGUUGCGGGUUACCUGGGUUACACACGUGAGGGGAUCAUUGUAAGCAGUGCUUAAUUUGUGCCGGAGCAAGUCGGAGCGCGCUCCGGGACCUCUUUUGAUCGGAUCUGGGACCUAUUUCAGCCGCUCCGGCACCUGUUUCAUCUGCUCCGGGACCUUCCCUGUAGAGGAUGACAUUUUUCGGGAAUUCCCGUGGGUCACGUGAUUCCCGCGGGAAUCCCACGGGAUGGGAGUCAUUUUUUAAUGAAUCCCUUGAUCGGGACGGGACGGGAAAAAAGCAACGGGAGUGGGCAGGAGCGGGAACAACAUUAAAAGAUGAUCAUUUUCAGCUGUGUUUAACAACCAGAUGAACAGGUGCGUCCAUUUUUGUAGUCAUCUCACAGUGAGAGUAAACACUCUUGACCGCGCUAGCAACACAAAAGAACUACAACAGCGGUUUGACUUCCUGUCAGCUGGGAGCGCGGCUGCGCAUUUCUACCCUUCAAGCCAGCAGCGAGGAAACGUAAUUUUGUGACAUUCUGUAGUUUUUCAAUCAUUUCUGGAGUCGUGGCGAAUCAAAUCACCUUACCUGUCUGCCCCUGAUAGGCGAAUAAAGCGCUCGGAUUCAUGCUCGGGUCUUCCUACGUGCUUCAAGAGUAAAGUAAACAAUGAUGGAGGCAGAGAGCAGCUUUGGAGGAGAAACAUCCAGCAGUGUGAACAACCUCUUCAAAAGAGCCCUAAAGACCUACCUUUUUAAUAAAGCCUUUGGUUAGUUUUCCUCUAUGCUUUAUGCUUUUACUACCUUGCCUCUUACAUUGCAACUCUAUAUUCUUUAUUUAUUUUCUUUUAUGCCAAUCUGUGACUGUCAUUCUAUUGCUUUUUUUAUUGUUGCUGCUCUUUUUUUACUGUGUACUGUAGCACAGACAUGAACGCACUUCAUCCACGUAUUUAUUUAUUCAUUUUUCUAGUUUUAAGUGCUGGUCUUGUACUGGUACUGUACUAGUGCAGCUGUAUACACUUAAAUUUUUCAUAGAACUGAAAGCAUACCAUAGCUAUAUCGUGAUAUAUAUCGUUAUCUUGAUAUAAAAUGAUCCAUAUUUUUCCAUAUCGCCCAGCACUAGUCUUACCUGUCUCUUCUCCUGUCUAACCUGUGUCUUCUCCUGUCUCACCUGUCCUACUCUGUCUCUCAGGUCUCUGGAGGACUCGGUCUGUCUUAUCUGUCUCUUCUCCUGUCUCAACUGUCCUCCUCUGUCUCUGAGGUCUCUAGUCUUGGUCUGUCUCACCUGUCUCUUCUCCUGUCUCAUCUGUCCUCCUCUGUCUGACCUGUCCUCCUCAGUCUUACCUGUCCUCCUUUGUCUUUCAGGUCUCUAAAGGACUCAGACUGUCUCACCUGUCUCUUCUCCUGUCUCACCUGUCUCUUGCCCUGUCUCAUCUGUCCUCCUCUGUCUGACCUGUCCUCCUCAGUCUUACCUGUCCUCCUCUGUCUCUCAGGUCUCUUGAGGACUCCGUCUGUCUUACCUUUCUCUUCUCCUGUCUCACCUGUCCUCCUCUGUCUAACCUGUCGUCCUUUGUCUCACCUGUCUCUUCCCCUGUCUUACUCUGUCUUACCUGUCUUUUCUCCUGUCUCACCUGUCCUGCUUUGUCUCCUAGGUCUCUGAAGGACUCAGACUGUCUUACUUUUCUCUUCUCCUGUCUCCCUUGUCCUCCUUUGUCUCACCUUUCUCUUCUCCUGUCUCAACUGUCCUCCUCUGUCUCUCAGGUCUCUAGUCUUGGUCUGUCUUACCUGUCUUUUGUCCUGUCUCACCUGUCCUCAGUCUCACCUGUCCUACUCUGUCUCUCAGGUCUCUGGAGGACUUGGUCUGUCUUACCUGUCUCUUCUCCUGUCUCACCUGUCUUCUUCUAUCUUACAUGUCUCUUCUCCUGUCUCAUCUGUCCUCCUCUGUCUGACCUGUCCUCCUCAAUCUCACCUGUCCUCCUUUGUCUUUCAGGUCUCUAAAGGACUCAGACUGUCUCACCUGUCUCUUCUCCUGUCUCACCUGUCUCUUGCCCUGUCUCAUCUGUCCUCCUCUGUCUGACCUGUCCUCCUCUGUCUCACCUGUCCUCCUCUGUCUAACCUGUCGUCCUUUGUCUCACCUGUCUCUUCCCCUGUCUUACUCUGUCUUACCUGUCUUUUCUCCUGUCUCACCUGUCCUGCUUUGUCUCCUAGGUCUCUGAAGGACUCAGACUGUCUCACUUUUCUCUUCUCCUGUCUCAACUGUCCUCCUCUGUCUCUCAGGUCUCUGGAGGACUUGGUCUGUCUUACCUGUCUUUUGUCCUGUCUCACCUGUCCUCAGUCUCACCUGUCCUCCUCUGUCUCUCAGGUCUCUAGUCUUGGUCUGUCUUACCUGUCUUUUGUCCUGUCUCACCUGUCCUCAGUCUCACCUGUCCUACUCUGUCUCUCAGGUCUCUGGAGGACUUGGUCUGUCUUACCUGUCUCUUCUCCUGUCUCACCUGUCUUCUUCUAUCUUACAUGUCUUUUCUCCUGUCUCACCUCUCCUCCUCGGUCUCAUCUGUCCUUCUCUGUCUCACCUGUCCUCUUCUAUCUCACUUGUCAUCCUCUGUCUGUAAGGUCUAUGGAGGACUCAGACUGUCUCACCUGUCCUCCUCUGUCUCUCAGGUUUCUGGAGGACUUGAUCUGUCUCACCUGUCCUCCUCUGUCUCUCAGGUCUUUGGAGGACUCGGUGUGCAGACCUGUGUGUCUGAUCUUCAGGAACUUGGUGACCAUGCAGGAGGACAACUCUGGGUUCUCGGUUCUUUUGGACAUGUUGGCCGAGUUCUACCAGAAACAGCCAAAGAUCGGAUACCACCUGCUGUUCUACCUGAAGGCCAGGUGAGCUGACGGACACACAGCGUAGAUUACAUGUCAGUGUUUACAUGUGUGUGUUUUAUUGUGUAUGUGUGUGUCUGCAGCAAAGCGGCGAACGGGAAGAUGAUGCUGUACGAGUCAUUUGCUCAGGCGACGGCGCUGGGCGACCUUCACACCUGUCUGAUGAUGGACAUGAAGGCGUGUCAGGAGGAUGACGUCCGGCUGCUCUGUUACCUCACUCCCUCUAUCUACACUGAGGUAUGAACACACACACACACAAACACACACACACAUGCACACAGAGCCAUCCUGAAGUCACAUGACCUUUUUUUCCAGUUUCCAGAUGAAACGCUGCGGAGUGGCGAGCUGCUCAACAUGAUUGUCGCCGUUAUCGACUCGACACAGGUAACUGACCUGCAGACAACCAUGACGACCCUCCGACAAGGGUCAUCAUCACAGUUUACCAGAGAGUGUGUGUGUGUGCAUGUGUGCUUGUUUGUGUGCAGCUGCAGGAGCUGAUGUGUCAUGUGAUGAUGGGGAACCUGGUGAUGUUCAGGAAGGACUCAGUGCUCAACAUCCUCAGUGAGUCUCACACACACACACACACACACACACACACUUGUAGAUUGUGUGUAAUGUUUGUGUGUGUGUGUGUGUGUGUGUGUGUGUGUCCACAGUUCAGUCCCUGGACUGGGAGACCUUUGAACAGUACAGCACCUGGCAGCUCUUCCUGGCUCACAGCAUCCCUCUGGAGACCAUCAUCCCCAUCCUGCAGCACCUCAAGUACAAAGGUGAGCCUCAGCCAAUCUCAGGCCAGCUGAAGCCAAAACCAAUCAGAAACCAGCUUACACUCUAACCAAUUACAGUGAACCUCUUACUGUCUGUCCUUCUGUCUCCUUCCAGAACACCCAGAGGCCUUAUCCUGUCUGCUGCUGCAGCUGCGCAGAGAGAAGUACAUACACACACACACACACAGCAACACAAUCACACUGUCACACUGAUAAUGUGUUAAUCCCUGUCCUUCUAUGUGUCUCAGGCCCAGCGAGGAGAUGGUGAAGAUGGUCCUGUCUCGUCCCUGUCACCCUGACGACCAGUUCACCACCAGCAUCCUCAGACACUGGGCGUCUAAAUACGAUGACACGCUAGGCGAACACAUCAAGGCCCAGCUGAUCAAGAACAACAACCAGCCCCGCAAGAGGCAGAGGUAGGGUUGUACGUGUCUGUGUGUGUGUCUGUGUGUGUCUGUGUGUGUCUGUGUGUGUCUGUGUGUAUUUGGGAGGGAAAGGGGGGACACACGGCAGUACACAGCCAAUGGAGACCGACGUCUGCGCAUGGCAGCCAUCUUGCUACAGGCAGCUCGCCCACUCCUAACAUUCCAGUCUACGGUUCAUGUAUCAUUCAAAUAACCAUAGAUUGAUUAAUUUUAAACCGAUUUUCAAACGGUUUGGUUUGUAACAAACCUCAGAGUUUUAGUUAUGUUAUUGCAUACUCUAGAAUAAUUUUAACCAUGGAUUUUCAUAAAUAAACAUCAAGCAGAUAGGUCGAACAAUAGCUAUAGGCCUACACACACAAGGCAGUUAUAUUAAAUCAUUUAUAUAUACAACAUUUAAUCAUUCCAUGGAUGUUAUAUUAGUAAUAUUUCUAUCACAGAGAAAACUAUAAUAACAUAUAAUUAUAUAUACAUUUUUUUUUUUUUUUCAAUAGAAUUUUCUGUCUCAUGUUUCCGACACAAGCACAUCUACAAAGACUGGCACUUAGACUAAAUACACUACAGGCCAAAAGUUUGGAAGCAAGAUCAGAUUUGUACAAAAAAAACAUCAUAGUUUCAUAUUUAUUUGCAACACAAUAAAAAUGACUUGUGUACAUGGAUACAGAGAUGUACUAGGUACCAAAAUGUCUGCAAUACACAACUUUAUAUUUAACUUCAAUAUAUGUAUGGGGCUUAAAAUCAAGUCAUUUUGAGUUAUAAAGGAAAAACCACAUUUUGAGGCGGACAUCUUGGAUUUUGGGGCCGCCAUCUUGGAAUUUUGCGUGGCUAACGUUAUUUUUGAAAAGAGUGGGGUUUGAAGAGUAUAUGUACCAAAUUUCAUGCUUGUAUAACAAAGUGAACGAUUAUUUCCUUAUCUGCUCAGCUAUCUGAUAUGGACCAAACCAGGUCAAUGUCUCUUUAUUUUUGUCUCAGUCUGAGAAGUUCCAGCAGUAAACUGGCUCAGCUGACCCUGGAACAGAUCCUGGAACACAUGGACAACCUGAGACUGAGUCUGAGCAACACUAAGAACAACUGUGAGUCCUACACACACACAGACACACACAGACACACACAGACAACCUGAGACUGAAGGUCCUUACACACCGGCAACAACGCAAAUAUACGACGCGGAAUCACAAAAUAUUCAGAGGCAAAUUGUGACGCGCCUGACUAUACACAUCAAGCGCAGUGCGAUUUUGCGAUUUUCAGGGGGGAGGUGAGAAGACUGUAGCCUGGCUGGGCCGUCCUGUUGCGUGAAUCACUCGAUGUUCCUUCCCACCACAGUCUGGACUUCGGCCCAUAGAGAGCGUGUAUUCCCGAUCAGAAAAUAACCGGGCCAAUCAGAGACAGUGUUUCCACUGUUACCCGGACAACAGGGAAAGGCAGCCCCUGAUUGGUCCAUGUGUAGUGGUGACGUCUAACACAUGCUGCGGGACUUUUCAAAGCCCCCUUCCUUCAGAACGCCAUUAAUUCUGCAGUUGAUUCUGCAAAGUCGGCAGGGGUUGGGGGAGAAAUUGGCUGAAAGAGGGCAGAGACAGAAGCUGCGUUUCCAUUACAUUUUUUCACAAAAUAAAAGCGAUGUUUAUCAAAUUUCGACAAAGUACAAUUGCGAUUUGCGGGUGUUUCCAUUGAAUGGUGUUCAGUGCAUAAGCGAGCCGUCUGCCUCUCGCGAGCCGUGUUUAAAUGGCCGUUGCCUAGCAACGAGGUAAACUUCCUGCCCGUGCGACCUCAUAUUCCUUAAGCCUUUUUGCACACCGACAUGGACGAGACACAAAACAUUUUUCGUUUUGGAGCAGCUAUUUCUGUGACCAUUACUGCUGUUGCCGCUGCUGUCAUCAGAAGACGAAGGCAGCGGGUGAUAAUUCAAAGGCAAAGCCCGUAUGUAUGGGAGCGAACACGGAUGAGCGAUUUCUGGGAGAGGAUCGUUAAUGAGGAAUUCACAGACGGAUUGUGGAUUCAAAACUUCAGAAAAAUACAAAUACAAUUCAAAACUUCAGAAAUAAGUCCGUCUCCUCCCCCGUCCACAUACACCGUGCCAUCUACGCUUGAAAUGAACUGGUCACAUGACCCGCUACGUCACGUCCGGUGAUGUAGAAUUGCGAGAAAAGUGUUUCCAUUACACUUUUGCGAUAUACUUCUAUAUCGACACUUCUGAAAAACCACCUCAUGAGAGCGUAAAAACUUUUUAGCGAUAUUUGGGAGGUUUUUCGAAAUGUAGGUGUUUCCAUUACCAGUUUUCUAUUGCGAUAUUUACGUUUUGCGCAAAUCUAUGGGUAAUGGAAACGCAGCUAGAGAGAAACUUUGGGUUUACUGAGGAAAACCAGGUCCCGACCAGGUUAGGUUCACGGAGUCUGUUACUAUGGUAACUGACCGCGAGGUUGAGUUACCUCUCUUUGUGAAACAGGUUAGAGUUACCCCUCUCUCUCUGGUUUAACUAACCCUCCUUUGUGAAACGGAAAACUCAGAGUUUCCCUGAUUUCAGGGUUAACAGACUCUAAGUUUCCACUAAACCUGCUACGUGAAACGGACCCCUGGUGUGUAAGGACCUUUAGUCUGAGCAACACCAACAACUGUCAGUCCUACACACACACACAUUAAAACACACACAUACACACACACACGUGUUGAUCCCUAACGUCUGUGUGUUUGUGGUCAGUCUUCACUCAGACCCCGAUCCUUCAGGCUCUUCAGCACGUUCAGGCCAGCUGUGAUGAGGCGCACAAGAUGAGGUACACACACACACACGUGCACACACAUACACACACUCUUGACCUGCCAAUGACAUCACUUCCUGUCUCUCAGGUUUAGUGACCUCUUCGCCCUGGCUGAGGAGUACGAGGACUCUCAGGCCAAACCGCCAAAGUCUCGCCGUAAGGCUCCAGCGACAUCGCCGCGCUCCAGGAAAGGAGCGGCUCCGCCCACAAACAAUGAGGAGGAGAGCGCCUCCAGCAGUGCCUCGGUACGUCAUCACUUCCACAUCACGGGUUCAGUGAGGUCAUAUGUUUGUUUAUGUCAUGGGACACCUGACUAAUGAGGUCAUGUGAUUGUGUUUCAGGAGGAGGAGGACUCGAAGCCCAAAGCGCCAAAGAGGAAGAGGAAAGGCUCAUCAGCUGUUGGCUCUGACAGUGACUGA